UUGAGUUUAUCGUCGGUUCGUACGUCGAGACAUCGGAAUAAUAGCAGUGUGUGAUUUUUGUGAUUUUGGAACGAAAAUAUGUCUAUGGUAAUUAUUUUGAGUUGGCUAAAGACACGAAGAAAUCUAUAAAAGUAUGAGAUGCAGUUGUGCACAACUAUUGAUUUGUAGUUUAGUGGCAGUACUGUUGGUUUUACAGGUAAUCCACCUGAUCAUGUUGUCCUGGUUAGACGAGAGGACAACAAAGAGGCAGGCCCAGAACUGGUCUGACAAACUUCAUCAGAGCCUCCUGGCUAAAGAGGAGAAGAGGCAGUCAGAAGCAAAGCUAGACUCGAGCGGACAGUAUAAAGUCCAUAAAAACUAUGCUAUUUCGCACCAGCAAGAUUCAUUAAAUACAGAAAACGACGUAACAAUUGUUACACAGUGCUCAGUAAAUCAUCUUCAUCAUUUGGCUCAGUUAACAGAAGAAUGGGAUGGUUUGAUUUCUGUAUCAGUUUUCACAACUAAAUUGCAGGUCCAUAUUGCGGAUGCUGCGAUUUUCACUUUACGGGAAUGUUUUGAAAAAAUUCGAACUAAUGUUGCUUUUCACAUUGUGUAUCCAUUCACUUUUCAAGAUAUUAACGAAAUUCAGAACAAAAGACAUGACAUAGAAUUGUUAGAUCUGUCUUGUGAAAAUGUUUUACAUACGAUAACAAAUCUUAACUUAUUUAUGCAAAAUUACGAUCUCUCAGGAAUUCCGUAUCCUAAUAAUCUAUUGAGAAAUGUUGCUCGGACUGGAGUUCAAUCAACAUAUAUUUUUGUAAUAGACAUCGAUAUGCUUCCAAAUAAACAUUUAAGGACUGAUUUUCUAUCGUUUUUACAAAACUCUGUUAUUUCAGAAGAACUUUCUGAUGUAGUGUAUGUAGUUCCUGCAUUUGAGCUUCCUGACAAUUCGCCAAGACCAACAACAAAGCAGGAGCUGUUAAAACAAUAUGAUAAUAAUGGUGUUCGACCAUUUUAUAUUGAAUUGUGUAAAAAGUGCCAGUUCCCAACAGAUUAUGAAAGUUGGCGAAACUUAGAAUCAAAGCAUGGACUAGGCGUUGCUUACAGUCGUGAGUGGGUCGACCCAUGGGAACCCUUCUACAUCAGCCGUAGUGACGUACCAUUUUAUGACGAGCAGUUUAAACAGUACGGUUUCAAUAGGAUCAGUCAAGUCUGCGAGCUGCAUGUUGCUGGAUUUAAAUUUUCUGUACUUGACAAUGCUUUCAUUCUCCACCUUGGCUAUAAGACAAAAACUGGUUUUCAUUCGAGUAAAGAUGAAGAAAAUUUAAAGAACAAGUUCCUAUUCCGUCGCUUCAAGGAAGCGCUCCUAACUAAAUACCCAGAAAGCAGUAGGCGGUGUUAAACAUUAAGAUUAAGCUUUGAAUGGCAACUUAGCUCAGUGAGUGGGAAGGAAGGGGGAACACCACUGUGUGUUCUCUGAAUUGUGGAGUUCCUUUCAGACCUUUGGUCCCUUUUUCAAUUCGAUCCCUGCUGUUGUGUUCAAGCUGAAGGGCUGAUGUGCACUGUCUUUUAGAGAUGUUUAAGCCGACACUCCUGUGUGCAGUAAGGUGUGACAUGACAACACAUUGUGCUCAUAUAUUAAUAUGACAUGACAACACAUUGUGCUCAUAUAUUAAUAUGACAUGACAUCAUUGUGCUCAUAUAUUAAUAUGACAUGACAUUAUUGUGCUCAUAUAUUAAUAUGACAUGACAUUAUUGUGCUCAUAUAUUAAUAUGACAUGACAUUAUUGUGCUCAUAUAUUAAUAUGACAUGACAUCAUUGUGCUCAUAUAUUAAUAUGACAUGACAUUAUUGUGCUCAUACAUUAAUAUGACAUGACAUUAUUGUGCUCAUAUAUUAAUAUGACAUGACAUUAUUGGGCUCAUAUAUUAAUAUGACAUGACAUCAUUGUGCUCAUAUUAAUAUGACCUGACAUUAUUGUGCUCAUAUUAAUAUGACCUGACAUUAUUGUGCUCAUAUAUUAAUAUGACAUGACAUUAUUGUGCUCAUAUAUUAAUAUGACAUGACAUUAUUGUGCUCAUAUAUUAAUAUGACAUGACAUUAUUGUGCUCAUAUAUUAAUAUGACAUGACAUUAUUGUGCUCUUACAUUAAUAUGACAUGACAUUAUUGUGCUCAUACAUUAAUAUGACAUGACAUUAUUGUGCUCAUAUAUUAAUAUGACAUGACAUUAUUUUGCUCAUAUAUUAAUAUGACAUGACAUUAUUGUGCUCAUAUAUUAAUGACAUGACAUUAUUGUGCUCAUAUAUUAAUAUGACAUGAUAUUAUUGUGCUCAUACAGUAUAUGAUGAGUGUGAUAUGACAUCAUUGUGCCCAUAUAUGGGUGUGAUAUGACAUCAUCAUACCCAUAUGGGUCAGUCACAGAUAUUUGUCAGAGGAGUUUUGAUAGUGUGGACAGAGUGGAGCUAUGUGUUGUGGUAUAAAAUCAAUGGUGGAAAUAGGUUUUUUAAAGAAAAUUUUGUACAGUAUAUAUAAUUUAUUAUGCUACUUAUUAUUACAAAUAGAUAUAAUUAUUAUCUAUUCUAUGCUUCAUUUUUUGAUAGUGGUAUUUUCAACAGGGUAGUUUGAUGUUUAAUUCUUUAUAUAUUGGGUUACUUGUCUUUCAAAUCUCAUUAUGUUUAUAGUUCUUGGUACUAAUAAAUUAUUGAGACUGAUCUAACAUUAUACAGAUACAUUAAAAAUGUUGGCAGUGUAUAUUUUGUAGAGUGCCUAGUAUUCGUUUGCACAGUAUUUUCGUGAUAAUUAGUGAGGGUGCAUUCCAACUCUAAACCACAGGACAGAUUCGCGUUAUAUAGAAGAAUGGAUAAAGUAUAGAGCUCUUAACUGAGAAAAUUUUUGUUUUGUUCUUUUUUUCUGGGAGCAGCACAUCUCUAAGCUGACAGUGGUCCCACUUUUGCUGCUCUCUGGCUCUCCUGAUUUUCUUUGUGAAUUUCUGAUUUUUUGUAUUUGUAAUGUUUUAUAUUGUUAAUUGUUUUGCCAGAAUGAAUAAAAUAAAUAAAUAAAACCACAUGUUUAGAAACUGUGCAGACUGUCUAAAUCCGGUUCUCCAAUAGGCGAAUUUGUGCAUGCGCAUUCACAUUUCUACCAGAUUUUUGCGAAGCAAAAAAAUGUGCAUCCAAUCAGAGCUCAGGAAGCAAACUGACGCUUUGAUUCGCCUAGUGGAAAACCGACUAUAUGAUUGGGGUGUUUUCGAUUGCACGAUGAUGGUAGGACAUAUAGAACGUAAUGACGUCUCUAUAUGAAGUAGAUUCUGGAACACAUUUUGGCCAAAUCUACGUAUGCAGAGAACGUAGGACGCCAGGUAGGACGGUCACACAUGAGUGAUUCCGUUCUAGCGUCGCGUCGUCGCACAAAUCAAAAGCUCCCUUUUAAGUGAUCAAUCAGAACAGGGCCACAAACGUACAUGUUUUGCCUUCAAAAAAGCACACGUCGUGAAAUAUGUAAAUUUAUCCAAGGGAUGGUGUUUCAGCAAAAAUGACCAAUAUUCGUAAAUUGUAUACGGCAGUGCAUUAGUAGCGGCUUUGUCCCUUUAACAGAAAAAAAAGGAUCAGAAAUCAGUUAUUUUUAAUAUAAAUCUGUGCGUGAUAAAAACUCGAUUUCCUAUCAAUUGUUUUAGAUAGACUUGACCUACUGUACUGACUAAGAUGCAUCUUCAUUAUCUGCUAGUAGCACUGAUCAUUGUGACCCACCGUUUAUAUAGGCCUAUGUAUUGUAUUAAUUUGUCCAGUCACAAUUUUGUGCUACCAACCGAUUGUACUGUAUUAGGAGGUCGACUUCAAAGUUCUCUGACUAUUGCUACCUAUAUAUUAAUAAUGAAGAGCAGAAUAAAAAAACGAAUGUAAAAAACAUCAUGACGGUGAAGGCAGUGCCAAUUUGUUAUUCACUUUUUUGAAAAAUUUUAUUUUUUCUCCCUUAUAAAGUGAAAUAAAAAUUCUCCAUGGUUACCUACAGA